UGCGCUAAAAUAAGCUUUCGGUUCGUAAACUGGAAGUUACCUUUGUUUUAAAAAUCAACCAGUUAAAAUCAAGGAUAUUACCCUACAAGUCAAUCAUCCCAGGCAUACACGGAAAUGGCCGAAGUUACAAGUCAAUCAUCCCAGGCAUACACGGAAAUGGCCGAAGGAUUGCGGUCAGCUCUAUCUACGUCAAGGAUUGUCACGUACACUUGCUUCUUAAUUCCCCGUGGUGAACCCCAGUGACGUCACAACAGCUGCUAAAGGAAAUUGAUUUCUUACGAGUGACAAACAGCUGAUCUUGAAUCCUACAUGUACCCGUUCGUGUCAGCCGUGUUCAGUGAACUGAGUGUGGUGUGAAAUAAGACGCCGACGAUACGCUCGUGUUUACAUAGUAAUCAAUUCUGUUUGGUUACCUGAUAAAUGUAUCGACAAUCCGGAAGGACGUCAACACGUGUAAUUCAUUCACCCCUGAAAUUUCAUAAUGAACUAGUCCAACCAUUGAUUUGAAGUCUUCAUGGGUGAAUGAGUUAAAUGAAGACAUUGAUGAUCAAGGCCGAAUUAUAUCCUUUUUAUUUUGACGCGUUCUUCCUUUUGUGAAAUAACAUACGUAUAGGGUAAACAAAUAAAUCUAAAUAUUAAACCAACACAAGACCGAAUAAGAUUCCGGAAUGAGCUGAAUUCCUUUCAGCUAUGUAGAGGGAAGUGUAUAAGAUUUAACAAAUAAUAACAAGCUUUUAUUUAUAGAGGAUCUAAAAUCUGGCAACAUGCUGAUCUCCCACAGGUCUACGUUUGAGAUGGCUAUUCCUUGACGACGUCUGACGAACAUGGCGACCGGGGGUAAGGAGAAGGAAAAUGGGACCAUAUCGAAGGGGAACAGGGCGGUACCCCCUCAGCCCCCAACUCCGCCGGACGGAGGGUGGGGAUGGGUCAUCACAUUUUCCUCAUUCAUGGUCAGUUUCUUAGUAGAUGGUGUCUGUUUCACUUUCGGAAUAUUCUUCCCGGAAUUCCUCAGACAUUUUGGUGAAAGCAAAGGAAAAACGCAAAUUCUCGGAUCUGUUCUGAAUGGAGCUUACCUAUCUCUAGGUCCAGUUGCCGGAGCGCUGGUCAACAAAUUUGGAUGUCGUAAAGUCGCCAUCGCUGGAGCGUUUGUAUCCAGUAUAGGAUUGUUCCUGUCCACCUUCUCCCCAAAUCUCGACGUCAUGAUUCUGCUGUAUGGGGGCGUUGGAGGGUGUGGAUUCGGACUUAUCUAUCUUCCCGCCAUUGUGAUGGUUGGCUACUAUUUUGAUAAGAGGCGAGCCUUCGCGACGGGAAUAGCGGUGUGCGGUUCCGGGAUUGGCGGAUUCGUGUUCGCUCCAUUGUGUGUGUUCCUAUUGGAAACUUAUGGUUGGCAAGGAGCUAUGUGGGUCAUUUCCGGUAUCGUCUUUAAUGGCGCCAUAUUUGCAUCAUUUUAUCGACCUAUCGAAGAAAAUAAAUCAACAUGUGAAAAUAUGAAGUGCACGCAAAUAACUUCUUGUAACAGUAAUAGUGAAAAAGAAUGCUUUAUUUUUCAAGAAAAUGGAAAUAAAAAUAUUAAACCAAACGAUUUGGAACUUAAUCCAAUAUAUCGUUGUCGCUCGGUGGAAAUCAAGUGCGAUACGAACGGAACCGAUUGUGCCGCAAGACUUGCUUUCAGCCAAGAUCUAUCGUUGUUAAACACCGGAACCGGAAAUCCAAAACAAAGCCAUGCGCACAAGACUCAUUUAAGUCCUCUAAUUCGCAAGGACAUAUUUUACAGCGGAAGUUUAGAGCAUAUCCCUGAAAGAGUGGCGGCUAAAAGUGACAGUGAAUAUGUAUCUAAAAUGACAGUUCAAAGCAACGAAGAUAUUCCAGACAGCAUUAAAAUCUCGUGUUGUGCGAGAUUUUGUGUCGCAUUCAAAGAGACGUUUGAUUUUUCUUUAUUAGCUAGCCCUACAUUUUUAUUAUAUGGAGUGUCGUGUUUUCUUUGUAUGUUUGGUUUUUUCAUUCCAUUUAAUUUUUUACCUGCCCUUGCCCAGGAUCUUGACUUGUCCAUCGCAGAGGGCGCCCUCUUGAUCUCAAUUAUCGGGAUUUCCAACACUGUAACGAGGAUUCUGGUUGGCUGGGUUUCUGACCAACCAUGGGCCGACUGUCUCCUCAUUAAUAAUGUGGCGCUUCUGAUUGGAGGACUUAUCACGUGCUUUGUGCCAUACUACAAGAUCUACUCCAUCCUGGCCAUCUACUCCGUGUUUUUCGGUGCAGCUAUUGCGUCUUUUGUGUCCCUGCGGUCAAUCAUCAUGGUGGAACUGAUGGGGAUCGAGAGACUGACCAACGCCUUCGGAAUGGUCACUCUGUGUCAAGGACUAUCUUCCUUUAUUGGGUCACCUAUCGCAGGAGCAUUAGCCGAUGAGACGGGAGACUAUAACAUCACAUUUUAUCUGUCUGGAGUGACGUUGGGUCUCGCUGGACUAAUCUGUUUUCCACUGCGGAGGAUUUCUAAAUGGGAACAGGGCAAGAACUCACAGGGAGAUGAAACCGUAGUCCCUAAAGUUUCCGUUUCCAUGCCAGAGAAAAGCCCAAUGCUGGAUUAAGGAUCGCGUAUCGCUGAAAUUAUUAGCAAAGUGGUGUUUACAACAAGCCUUACUCCAUACUCAAAGGGUUUCGCUCACUUAUGCGCCUUCACCUCUGGAAUAUGCCAUGACAAAGUCGAAGGUUGAUGUACAUCAAAAGACUGACUAGCUUUGAAGUCUGAUGUCGGACCUUUGUAAAUCUUCAAAGGACAUUUAUCAGCCAAGCGAUUGGUCAGUUUAUUUUACCUGGGACAAAUCAAAUAGCUAUUACUGCAUUCAAUUCUGCAAUAACAUAUUCCAGGGGUGCAGAGAGCGUACGUGAUUAUAACCCAUGCACAGGGUCCUGAGAAUUGCUACAGCCAUAUUUGGACGUAAACUAAGGUGUUCGUAACCCAUUAAACAUGUACAAUUACUCUGAACACAUUGGUUAAGGUCACAAUGUAGCUAUAACAAAUUGUCAUGUCCCUGUGAACCCAUGGAUGAUAUUAUGUACCACAAAACACUGACAGGUGAUUGCUAGUCAAAACAACGGGACAUUCUUUGUAUCGAAAUAAUUUGGGUGUUUCCGCCUUGGGAUCGAAAGCUUAAUCCGGUAUCAUUGACACUAGGGUUAAGUCAUUUUCAAAAUUCAAGGGUUGUGCUCUGAUACCAUAUCUGUUCUACAUCGUGAGACAGGGUGACCACUGGUAUCAGGGGAGACAGGGUGACCACUGGUAUCAAGGGAGACAGAGUGACCACUGGUAUCAGGGGAGACAGAGUGACCACUGGUAUCAGGGGAGACAGAGUGACCACUGGUAUCAAGGGAGACAGGGUGACCACUGGUAUCAAGGGAACCAGGGUGACCACUGGUAUCAAGGGAGACAGGGGGACCACUGGUAUCAAGGACGCAUGUGAUAGGGUGACCACUGGUAUCAAGGGAGACAGGGUGACCACUGGUAUCAGGGGAGACAGAGUGACCACUGGUAACAAGGGAGACAGAGUGACCACUGGUAUCAGGGGAGACAGAGUGACCACUG